UACUCAGGUAUCUUUUCCUCAACAAUUCACUGGCAUCUUGUUGAAAUCAUUGCUGUCUACCUCAAUCGCUCUAUUCCGGAGAUAUUUCUCCUUGACGACUAUUUCCUGAUUACUUGUAUAUUCAACAUUGGAAUCGUUUCGCUUUUUUGUGUGCUCUAUGCUGCCAUUUUGAAUCUCUCCAAAUGGAUCUGCACAACUGUCUGGCAAAGCAAGGAUUACGGUUAGUUAACAGCUCCAACCAUUGCUGUGGCGGCUUCGGCUGACGUCGUUAUUACAGGAUGUCAAGGAAGCCAGAGCGUCCAUACAUCUCUUCUUUGAAAUCAUCCCCUAUGGGGCCCCGUCGACGAACGCUUCGAACCUACGGCAAACGCGUAUUAUCUAUGGAAUCGACCGAGCCUCCCUCAAAGCGACAACGUCUCAGCGGCUCUUCUGUUACUUCUAUUGAAGAUAAAGGAAUCGAUUCUAUCUCCUCGGGACCUGAAGAGAGUGCCACAGGCUCAUCAUUAAGGUCUUCACCAAUACCAACGAGAAAGGGUACAAUUACUGCCUAUUUCGGAAAGAUAAUACCACAGCUUCCGCGUGUUUCACCGUCCUCAGAGCCUUCCCCAGACCCAGUAUCGGAGCCCAAUGAACUUACAAGUACAUCGCCAUCAUCGCCACCCAUUGCCACUACUACAAGAACGAGAGGAGCGCGGAGGUUGAAGACUCGUAUCAUCAGACGGCGAGUAGAUGAAGAAGAGAGUCUUGAUAAGGGCCAGGGAAACCAGGAUGGCGAAGAACGAGUGGAUAAUAUACGCAGCACGGGUCUGUUCACAAAUAAGGGCGCCCCCAUGUUGUCGGAAGCAACACCUAGUGCUUUGAAUCGGAGCCAAGGCAUAACUAGGGAUGGACCAGAAGGCAAGAAACCCCGAGAAAGCAGGCGACGAGAGAACAGAACAGCCUCAGUGCAGACCACAUUGAGUCUCUCGACGAGAGAGACACAUUACACAGAGUGUAAGGAAUGCGGCAUGCUAUACAAUCACCUCCACGAGACCGAUGUUAAAUACCAUGCGCGACGCCAUGCCUCGCUGCGGAGGGCGAAGACUCGGGCUAGUUCUAGGAGCGACGCAGUUGAUACAAGUUGAAAUAAACGGCCUGUGUGCACCUAGAAAUUGUUUUACUAUCCUAGUGCUAGGCAUCUAUGGCGAUGGUGAGGCCUCUAAUCGGUCAAAUAGGUGAUGUUUAUGUGCUUGUAUUAGUAAGCUAUCCGUGCUUAACCAGACUAGUCCAUGACACGUAGAACAAGAUGUAAAUAUAAUUACUCUAGAUAUACCACGUACCCAGUGC